AUUUCGUAUUAAUUAUUCUUUAAAAUUAGAGAAGCCUUGGCUCUAAACUUGAAAUAUAAAAGGAAAUUUGGGUUUCAAUCAUCAGUCUGAUAAAAUGAUUCGAUACAGUUUCUUCUUACUUGUUUUUGUUAUUUUAUCAUACGCUGAAUUUGAGAAUGAUUCAGUAUUCAUAAAUAUUAGGAAUAAUUAUUUCUGUGUUGUCGAAACUGAACUUAUUCAACCACCAUUUUUUGAUUGCCAACAAAAUGAUUAUUCUGGUAUCCAAUAUAAUUCAACCCAUUCUUCUUAUACAUGGGAGGAUGUUAAGUGUUACGCUACAAUUGACAAUAUAAAAGUUUUGGCUCGAUAUUGUGACAAAAUAGGUAGUGUUACUUACAAUAAUAUGGAUGUACCUGCUAUGUUAGGUAGAGAUCGAAUGACUGGAAAGCCUUUAAACGAACAACUAGUGUUUAACCGUAAAAGUUUUAAUUAAGAUUUGGUUAGAUCAUAAUGUACGAUGCAAACUACAGAUGUGAUAUCUCUAUCUGAUCUAUUAAAAUACAUGACAUAUUUUCAGGUUCACAUUGACAUAAAAUAUUAUACUGGUCCAUUAAAAUGUUAUUAUUCCACACUGCAGCACUUUGCGUAAAUAUUUUAUUGGUAAAAUUAUUGC